AUGGCCAGUUGGGCUAAUCGUCCGCCCAUCGAGAGCAACGGUGGCCCGUCAUCGUCGCGCAAAAAAUGGAAAAUUGAAGAUAAAAAGUCACUUCGCAAUUUAAAGUAUCACUUUGCCGAGGAUGGCUGCUCGGACGUGCAGUAUACGCUGGCCAAGCAGCUGCUGGAGGAGAACGCGGAAACGGAUCCGGCCCACAACCACGCGCAGGGCGUUCACUGGCUGCUGCGUGCCGCCCAGCAAGGUCACGAGGCGUCCAUCGGGCUGCUGCGUGAGUGUUACGAGAACGGACGGGGCAUCAACGAGACCAACGAGGAGGACGUCCGAAGCAUCCUGGAGAUGAGUCCCGGCGAACGGUCGGCACGGCGUGCGGCGCAGGAACUGUUCGCUAGUUUGUCGAACGGAGAAGAGUACGUGACGGCGGCCCAGCUCGUGAAGCGAAUGCGCGAGAUAUACAAGAUGGACCGACGGCGUAAACGCACACAACCGGACGGGGCCGAGUCGGACGGUAGUGUGGAGCAUAGCUCUGGUGGCACCCCGGAAAGGCAUGACCGCGGAUCUGCGCCCACCGCCAGUCUAAGCGGUAAUCGAAUACAUCGUAACCCGACGGUGAACCACAUCUCCGAGGCGCACCUCGUGGCGGCUGCGGUCAACUACGCGAACGGUCACCUUCCGGCCGUGAGUGACGCGCUGAUGCUGUCGGUCCCGAACCCGCAAAGCCUGGACCACGUGCCGUGUUUUCACCGACCGUUCUUUCACCCGGUGGUGUUCUUUCAGCUGCUUUACCACCGCUUUCUGACGCUGAUGGCCGCCUUUCCCGGAUCGGCCGGCACCUGGCUGCAGCUGUGCAUUCUGCUGCUCGUGUAUUGGUACUACGCGAGCGACGAUUUCCUGUCGCUUGUUCCGGUCGCUGGCUACUACCUCAGCCUGGCCGUGAUGGUACUGUCAAGCUUUCGGAUGCUGAAAUCCAAGCACGAGUUCAUCGACUUCCGCAUGUGGUCCGGGUUGUUCCUGCGGUACGGUGAUGAGCAUUUGAACACGAACGCCUCGGAGAAUCAGUUCCUGCGCAACAACCUUAAGCCGUACGUGUACUUCUUCGUUGCGUUCUUUGUCAACAUCACGCUGCAGCCCAACAUUAGCGACCAGUGGCUACCGCUUUCCGAAAUAACGGUCGUUGCCUUCGUGCUCACGUUUCUCACGAUGUUCGCCUUCAGCUACACUUCACGCGACCCCUUUCCGGACUAUCUGAUCCUGUUUUCCUUCGGACUAAACGUACUGGCCAAAUAUCCGUACGAGAUGGACGAUGUGGUGACGACGGGUUGGCGCUUCCUGGAUCUCAAGGUGCCCGGCUUUUCCACCUUCGUCAUCGGUAAUGGGAUCGAGUUUUGUUUGAAUUGCCGCGCGAUGCUGUACCUGCUGAUACCGGGAUUUUUCGUGUACAUCGCGCGGCGCAACAGCUGGCGCGGUAUCUAUCAGUACCUGAUUCCGCACUGUGUGACCCUGUCCUGGUUACAGCUCUGCAUCAUUAGCUCGCAGUCGGCCACCAUGUUUGGGCUGGUGCGGGGUGCCCUCGGUUUGGCCGGCCUUCUUCUGUUUCUACCCCUUUUCGGCAUCGUGACGCUGCUCAUUCCCGUGUUUGCCGUCAUCGAGUGGCUAUCGCUGACCGACUCGACCGUCCGCCUGUGGUCCUCUAUCACGGCUGCCAUAACGGCGGUGGCCAUUUCGAUCGCCGCCGCCAGUUCAAGGCGCACCGAGAAGUACAUCACUUUCCUGCAGAUCGCGGUUUGCGUUAUCGGAACCAUUUUUCUGACCCUCCCGCACAUGAUGUCCAAUUUCGAGACGAUCGGCACGGGUGACACCACGGGCGGUCUGUUCGAAGCAUCGUCCGAUGGCCACCGGGAAGCCGGACCGGACCACAGUGCACCACCGUCCAGCCUCGGGUGGGAUCUGUACUACAAAUUCUGCCACCAGCCGGCCUGGGACAGCGAGAACAAGGUGCGGACACAGCUACGGUGCACCAAUCUCGACGGCACGUUCGUGCGCUGGGAAGGAACGGUGGUGGACAUGGCGAUCGCAAGUCGCAAAAAUCUACGUGCCGAGCUGAUCGAGGGCUAUCUGCCAAAAUUUUUGGCCGAUCGCAUCAACUGUAUCUACGGUGAACCGAUCGAACCGGACUGCGGCAACCUGAACGGAUCGUCCGAGGGGGACUGCGAAAAUUUGCGACACUUUAUGCAGCGCCAACGGACGUGCCAUCUGAACAAGUGGAACACUUACGAGUACGAACUGAAGGUUCGUAUGACGACCGGGUUGUUGACGAAACCGGCCGAGAUUAUCCUGCGAGCUCAGCACACUUUCGGUAACUUUACACAAAGUCUCAACUACUCCGACCGCAUCUGGUUCGUGGGCGUGUUACGUGGGUCAACGCAAGCACUGUCCAGUGCGGGUAGCAGUGCAACCAGCGACCAGCAGUGGGAUGCUGGAGGUGCACUGAACAUCGGCGGGCCAAGCUUCGGUGUGCACGGUAUGCGUUUGGGGCGCAAACAUCCGCUCAUCGAACUGCAUUCGGUCGGCUGUAUUCAGUGUCGCAAUGCCGCCCUGAGGCCGGUACACCUCACCGAGGGCCUGAAGGUGAAUGGUCGCAUGAGGGAUUUGCUGCGCGGGCUAAAGUAUCUGCUGAAUGUAAUCUUCAACCCGGUGGUGAUCUUCAAGUAAUGCGCCGGUUGCCCGCGCCCUGGAACACCGUAAUCGUUGCUGGUCAUACCUUUACGCUCGCUAGUCGUCUUCUUCGAGUGCGACACACGUGUCGACAGUUUCGCCGCCUGUCGGCGCCCCCAAUG